AUGCGGAUAUGCAUGGGCCGUGCCCGGGGCGGGAGCAGUACGGGUGCGCUUGGAGCUGGGAUCUUGGUGCAGGCGCAACCGCAUCUGCACGACACGCGCCUGGGCCGUCAGCUGGCCGAGGAUUUGGAGUACAGCUCGUAUUUGGCUAGCAGCGGGAGCAGCGGCAGCAGCGGCAGCUCCAGCAGCAAUGCUAGCGAGGAUGAUGAUGAGGACGAUAUUGAGGGCUCCAGCGAGUACUAUGACAGCGAUGAGGAGCCAAGUGCGGGCAGCAGCGGCGACAGCAGCAAUGAGUCGCUGCCACGCCUGCUAUCGCCGUCCACCUUCCAUCGCAUCUCAGAGACGCUGGGCGCACUCAACACAGUUGGCCACAUGCUAGUGGACAUGACGCGCGGCGGACAGGAGAGCAAGACGGAGAAUGGCAGUAGCAGUAGCGGUAUCAGUACCAGUACCAGUAGCAGCAGCGAUGACAGCUCCACCAGCAGCAGCACCACCACCACCAGCAGCACCAGCACCACCGCAACAGAGCUGAGCGACUCCACGACUGGCGCGAACCGAGGCAUUGCUGAGCCGCUGGCUGGCAUCUCAGGCAAGAUUUUGGAUACGACAACAACACUGUCCGCCAACAGUUUGCUGCCGGCGGGCAAGCCCGCCAAUUUGAGCGCCAUACAAGUGGCCACCAAGCGCAUCGGGCUGGAGGAGGCGCCGGAAAAGCCUAUGUUUGUGGAGAACAAGGAGGCCAAGCAGCAAAAGAAGAAGCGCAAGAAGAACAAAAACAAGCAGAAGCUGAAAAAGCCCAACGAGGAGCCAAACCAGGCAACGCCACAAUCCCAGCAGAAAAUCAAAAUACCCACCACGCCGCGCACCACCACCACCACAACCACCAGCGCAGGCAGCAGCAGCACCAUCAGCUCCACCACGCUGCGUCCACUCGAUCAGCUGGCCUUGGAGAGUGAGAAUGCCGGCACCGCCAAGGAUGUGGAGAACUAUUGCAAGACGCCCAGCGGUCGGCCGGGACGCUGCGAGGAUCUGAGCAGCUGUCCCGCGCUGCUUCUCAAUCUGAGCAGCCUGCGCGAGUCGCUCUGUUUUAAGAGCCUCUUUGUGCCCGGUGUUUGUUGUCCCCUGUCUGCGAGCGCCUCUGAGAGCUCCACAGUGCUGACCACACAGCGUCCUUUGAAGCUGACCACCAGGGCACCCGCAAGCACCACCACACUGGCCACCACAAAGCGCACCACACUGCGACCCACGGCCAGACCGAGCACCCGACCCACCUCUGGACUGGUGCUUAUACCACAAAAGAAACCGCCGACAACAACAACCAGCACAACCACUGAGGUGCCACUGGAGCCAGAGGAUCUGGAUGAGAUAGCCAAUAAUAUUGUCGAUCCGGAUGAGUGUGGACAGCAGGAGUAUUCGACGGGUCGCAUUGUGGGCGGUGUCGAGGCGCCCAACGGACAAUGGCCCUGGAUGGCUGCCAUCUUUUUGCACGGCCCAAAGCGCACAGAAUUUUGGUGCGGUGGCUCGCUAAUUGGCACCAAGUAUAUUCUGACUGCGGCGCAUUGUACCAGGGAUUCAAGACAGAAGCCGUUUGCUGCGCGUCAGUUCACGGUACGUUUGGGUGACAUUGACCUCUCCACAGAUGCCGAACCCUCCGAUCCGGUUACCUUUGCCGUUAAGGAAGUGCGCACACACGAACGAUUCUCUCGCAUUGGCUUUUAUAACGACAUAGCCAUACUUGUGCUGGAUAAGCCUGUGCGCAAGUCAAAGUAUGUGAUACCCGUUUGCCUGCCGCGAGCGGGUCGAAUGCCGCCCAAGGAGCGUUUGCCUGGACGUCGUGCCACCGUGGUCGGCUGGGGAACCACCUACUAUGGCGGCAAGGAGUCCACCAGUCAGCGGCAGGCCGAGUUGCCCAUCUGGCGCAACGAGGACUGCGACCGCAGCUACUUUCAGCCCAUCAAUGAGAACUUCAUUUGCGCUGGCUACUCCGACGGAGGCGUCGAUGCGUGUCAGGGCGACUCUGGUGGUCCCCUGAUGAUGCGCUACGACUCGCACUGGGUGCAGCUGGGCGUGGUCUCUUUUGGCAACAAGUGCGGCGAGCCUGGCUACCCUGGCGUCUACACACGCGUCACGGAGUAUCUCGACUGGAUACGCGAUCACACGCGGGACUAGACGCACGGACGGCAGAUGUCUUAGUUGUAACUGUAGCUAGGUUAAUGUACGCGCUAGUCUAUGUACGUUUAAUGCUCUCUCCCUGUCGCUGUUUAUACGAUAUUUAUGAAUUCCCCCUCCGCCCACAGGCACAAAUGUUAACCAUAU